AUGUCUGACAAAUUGACUAGUGCAAACCCAAGGUAUUUCAUAUCCCUCCAUUCGUCUAUCCGCUCUAAACACUUAUCUAAUAUAUCCCCUCAGAAAUGCCGUCAGGAGUGCAAGAAGUCAUGCCCAGUUGUUCGCACCGGCAAACUCUGCAUCGAAGUCACCCCUGAAUCGAAGAUUGCUUUCAUUUCGGAACGCCUAUGUAUAGGAUGCGGUAUCUGCCCAAAAAAAUGCCCAUUCGGUGCCAUCCAUAUCAUCAAUUUACCCACCAACCUCGAGACCCAGGUCACCCAUCGAUACUCGGCAAAUAGUUUCAAACUGCACAGGUUGCCUAUGCCGCGGCCAGGACAGGUUUUGGGUCUUGUCGGGACCAACGGUAUUGGCAAGAGCACUGCUCUCAAGAUUCUCAGUGGAAAGCUGAAACCAAACUUGGGCCGAUAUGACAAUCCCCCCGAUUGGGAGGAGAUCUUGAAGUACUUCCGUGGCUCAGAAUUACAAAACUACUUUACGAAAGUCCUUGAAGACGAUUUGAAGGCCGUUGUCAAGCCGCAGUAUGUCGAUCAGAUUCCCAGGGCAGUUAAGGGUCCAACUAAGGAGGUGGAGCUCCUUAUCAAAGCACGCUCUCAGAUGGACAAUAUGGACCAUAUUAUGGAAGUCCUUGAACUCAAUCAAGUUAAGGAUAGAGAUGUUGGGCUUCUUUCAGGAGGAGAGUUGCAGAGAUUCGCCAUCGCCCUUGUCUGUGUCCAGCAGGCUGAUGUGUACAUGUUUGACGAGCCGUCAUCCUACCUGGAUGUCAAACAGCGUCUCAGCGCCGCCCGUAUCAUCAGAGAACUCCUACGCCCAGAUGAUUAUGUCAUUGUAGUUGAGCACGAUUUGUCCGUUCUUGACUAUCUGUCUGACUUCAUUUGCGUUCUCUACGGUCGCCCUGCUGUAUAUGGUGUUGUCACCCUACCUUCCUCCGUUCGUGAAGGUAUUAACAUUUUCUUGGAUGGGCAUAUCCCCACGGAGAACUUGCGAUUCCGUGAAGAGUCCCUUACAUUCCGGAUCGCGGAAGCUGGAGAUGAUUUCUUGGUCGACAAGGGAAGAGCAUUUAGCUACCCGAAAAUGGAGAAGACUCUAGGUGGUUUCCAUCUCUCUGUCGCCCCCGGUCAAUUCACCGAUUCUGAAAUCAUUGUCAUGAUGGGUGAAAACGGAACUGGAAAAACGACAUUCUGCAAACUUCUUGCUGGUGCAGAGAAGCCAGAUGGUCGCACAACUGUUCCACCAAUGAACAUCAGCAUGAAACCGCAGAAAAUCACCCCCAAAUUCCAAGGCACCGUGCGCCAACUGUUCUUCAAGCGUAUCAAGGCGGCUUUCCUGUCCCCUCAAUUCCAGACUGACGUCUACAAGCCACUCAAGCUCGAUGACUUCAUUGACCAAGAAGUCCAAAACCUCUCUGGUGGUGAAUUGCAGCGUGUCGCUAUUGUUCUCGCACUCGGUAUUCCCGCAGAUAUCUACUUGAUCGAUGAGCCUAGCGCCUACCUGGAUUCUGAACAACGUAUCGUGGCUGCCCGAGUCAUCAAGCGUUUCAUCAUGCACACCAAGAAGACAGCUUUCAUCGUCGAACACGACUUCAUCAUGGCAACUUAUCUUGCUGACCGCGUUAUCGUUUUUGACGGCAAGCCAUCCGUGGAUGCCCGAGCCAAUACUCCAGAGUCUCUUUUGACCGGAUGCAACAAGUUCUUGAAAAAUCUGGAUGUAACAUUCCGCCGUGAUCCAAACAGCUACCGCCCGCGAAUUAACAAGCACCAGAGCCAGCUUGACCAGGAACAAAAGUUGAGUGGAAAUUACAAGAGAGUUGAAAAAGGUGUCCCACGAGAUCAUGACCGUGACGGUCCCCACAACCGGCGCCAUCGUAUACGACACUUCAGUAAAAACGGCGUUGACGUGUUAGCAUUUUCUGGCGUUAGCAAAGGCGCUGGAGGCCGAAAGGGGAAACGCAGCUCCGCGGGUCUCUCUGACGAAGACUCAUCGGUUGGAGGCGACGACGACGGUGAGGACGAUCUGGAAGUUGGCAUGGACGGCAGUUCGUUCUCCAGCCUUUUGUCCAGAUUCUCUGUGCGAUGCAUGUCCGUCUCCUCCUGA